AUGACACGGAGAAGAGCUGUUCCCAGAACAAGCGUCAUUAGAGAAGUCGGCAGAGUCGAACGUGCGAAAUUAGAGAAGUUGGCCGAGUCGGCGUUCGCGUCAACACGAGUUUGGCCAGCGACAUCGAUUCAGUCGAACAGCAAGCAACCCGAACGAAUCGGACUCUUACGGUUGAAGGAAGAGAUGUGGAUCAAUAUCAGCAUUGACAAUCUUCGCCGUUUACGCACCGACAUCAAGCUGUGA